UCUCUUCCACUUUCCAAAAAGACACUCACUUUCACAUUCACAAACACACUUUCUCUCCGAUCACCGACAAAUAAAUGGCGAUUUCCGUUCAUAACCUCCUAAAAGAACGCCGAUAUCCAUUCAUCGCAUCUCUCUUGUUAAUACUCGUAUUCGUCACGGUUUUCAUCUUAACCACCAACACUUCUCAACCGCCAUACCGCCUCCCUCCUCUGCAACCACAUUCAUCAUCAUCAUCUGAUCAUCAAAACACAUCUAAUCAUAUAUCUGUAUCUAUAGAUUCCUCUGAUACUGAUCCUGUUGAUGAUAAUGAUAAUAUUGAUGAUAGUUUUCUGUAUGUAUGCCCGGGGCCUAUGGCGGUGGAUUACAUACCGUGUUUGGAUAACUGGAAAGUGAUAAAGAGGUUGAAAUCGAGAAGGCAUAUGGAACAUAGAGAACGUCAUUGCCCGAUUCCUAGCCUCAAGUGUUUAGUUCCACUGCCUGAUGGUUAUAAAGUUCCGGUUCCUUGGCCUCAAAGUAGGGAUAUGAUAUGGUUUAACAAUGUCCCACAUCUUAAGCUUGUGGAGUACAAGAAGGAACAAAACUGGGUUAAAAGAUCUGGUGAUUAUCUUCUUUUUCCCGGAGGAGGUACCCAGUUUAAGGAGGGAGUUAAUCAUUACAUUCGCUACAUAGAAAAGAACCUGCCAAAAAUCAGUUGGGGGAAGCGCACAAGGGUGAUUCUUGAUGUUGGUUGUGGAGUUGCUAGCUUUGGUGGCUAUUUGCUUGACAAAGAUGUUAUAACCAUGUCAUUUGCUCCAAAAGAUGAACAUGAAGCUCAAAUACAGUUUGCUCUAGAGCGAGGAAUUCCUGCCACUCUCUCAGUAAUUGGCACACAAAGGCUGACAUUUCCAGAUAACGCUUUCGAUUUGAUUCACUGUGCACGAUGCAGGGUUCACUGGGAUGCAGAUGGUGGAAAGCCAUUGUUGGAGUUAAACAGGGUCUUAAGGCCCGGGGGAGUUUUUAUAUGGUCGGCAACACCAGUCUACCGCGAUGAUGAAAGAGAUAAGAAAGUCUGGGACGCCAUGGUAGCUCUUACUGAAGCUAUUUGCUGGAAGGUAGUCUCUAAAAGUGUUGAUUCAUCAGGAAUAGGGCUGGUUAUAUACGAGAAGCCUCAUUCUUCUUUCUGCUGUGAAUCACGUAAAGAAAACCAUCCACCUCUAUGUGAUGAAAAUACCCGGUUAAAAACAUCAUGGUAUACACCCCUUGAUGGCUGUAUUUCUGCAAUUCCGUUAACAUAUACAUGGCCUACACCUUGGCCCCAAAGGCUCACAAGCAAACCUUCAAGUCUUUCAGCAGAACCAGAUGCUGAACGAACCUUUUUUGAUGAUAGCAAACACUGGUCUGAAGUUGUUGCAAGUGUCUACCGAGGAGGCCUGGGUGUGAACUGGUCAAGUGUGAGGAAUGUAAUGGAUAUGAAUGCUGGUUAUGGAGGGUUUGCCGCUGCUUUGACUGAUCUACCUCUAUGGGUAAUGAAUGUCGUGCCUGCUGAUGGACCAGAUACAUUGCCUUUAAUAUUUGACAGAGGGUUGAUUGGUAUCUACCAUGACUGGUGCGAAUCACUGAAUACUUAUCCCAGAACGUAUGAUCUUUUGCAUGCUAGUUUCCUCUUUGGCAACCUAACGCAGAGGUGUGACUUGGUGGAUGUUGCAAUUGAAAUGGAUCGUGUAUUAAGACCAGGUGGGGCUGUGAUACUUGAAGAUACCAUAGAAAUGUUAAACAACGUGAAGCCUAUUCUGCGUUCACUACAUUGGUCAACCACCUUAUAUCAGAAACAUUUUCUCGUUGGCAGGAAAGGUUUUUGGCGUCCCAAAUCUGAAAGGUAAACAACUUUUCUGAUUUUCUUUCAUGUAUUACCUAGUUUUCUUUCUCUUAAUUUAUAGAGCAGGUGAAAUGUUAAUUCCCGAUGCUCAAAGAGGAAAAAAUUUCACAGUUUUUCUUUAUUAUAUUAAAUGUCAGUCAAAUUAGUUGUCCGUGUAAGAUAUAUGUUCAUUAGCCGUUAAAAGAAUAGCGAAGGAUAUGGAGGAGGGGUUAUUUUUUUUUACAGUUGUUUGAGAUUUUGAUAUACAUCACGAAACCUCUUAUAUAUUGUAUAAUUUUGCAGAAAAAGAAAAGGUUUUACAUUACUUGAAA